AUGGACCAGAACGCCGCGGCGCCCCUCCGCUAUCCAUCAGGACCGGCUAAGUCGGAUUUUUGCAAGGCAAAAUAUGACCAUGAAGCUGCCAAAAAGGCCAGGGCUGCCAAGAAAGUCGCCAAGAAAAACACCAAGAAGCAUAAGAAGAAACCAACUGCCUCUGAAAUGCUUGAGCUAGAUGACACCUCCAAGUCGGAGGAUGAUACGGGGGCCAGCCAAGCAGUUGAAGAAGAGACGGCAAAGAGACAAAACAACGGACGGCAAACCAGAUCCACACCCACCGCGCGUUAUCUCUUCUCUCCCUCUCUCCCCCCUGCCCGUUAUCUCUUCUCUCCCUCUCUCCCCUCCCCGACGCCCACCAGAUCCGCACCCACCGCUGCCCCCGCCGCUCCUCGCUCUGCCGCCUCCUCUCCUCGCCGGCCGUCUCCGCGGCCUGCCUCCUCUUCGGCCUCGCCGGGUUCCUUGCCACCACGGUCUCCCUCUCCCGGGUGCCCGCCGAGGCUCUACUACGCCGUGGACGCGCUGCUCCGGUCGGGGCACGAGGACGUGUACGCCGCCGUCGAGCGGCCGCUCCAGCUCGUGCAGACCGCCGCCGUCCUCGAGAUCCUCCACGGGCUCGUCGGGCUGGUGAGGUCGCCGGUGUCGGCCACGCUGCCGCAGAUCGGGUCGCGCCUCUUCGUCACCUGGGGCAUCCUCUGGAGCUUCCCCGAGACCAGGACACGCAUCCUGGUGAGCUCCUUGGUCAUCAGCUGUUCCAUCACCGAGGUAUGUAUGUAUCCACCAAUGAGUUCACUAAGAUCAUCAUGCAUGCUCCUUGUAAGCUAGAGAUUACAGAUCUUCAAAUUAACUGUGUUAUCAAGCCGCGAGGCGCCGCUGUUGCUGUUAGAAUAACUGAAAAUGUGCUCCUGAAAUAUGGAUGAUUUUAAUAUAUUGAUGUUGCUGUUCAAGGUUGAAUUUCAAGAUACUUGUGAGAGGAAUUUCACACAAAAUUGCUAGCUUAAUUCACUAUACUAUAGCUUAAUUCACUAUACAUUACACCAGGGGAGGUGUGUAUCAUCAGGGUAGUGCUGAGUCAACUAGAAGUCUGAGGCACUAUCAGUGCCUGCCAAGAUAUUUUUUUUCAAUCAUGCACUCUAUUCUCUUAAUAUUAAUUACAAAUUAGAAGGAUCGGGUCAACAAUGCUCAUGUACUAGAAAAGAACACUAGAAACUUGAAUGGAAAGAACCUUCAAAGAAGAACACUAGAAACUACAAGGUCACGGCCUUCGUCGGGAUCUUCACCGGGUUCGGCUCCGUCGGCCGCUGCCGCGCGCUCAGGCGGACGUGACUCCCCUCCGAUCGGCAGGGUGUCCUUUUGAAUUGCUGCACUCUUCUCACUACUACUGAUAAAUAGUGAUUAAUUAGUUUCUUUCCUGAGUUCGAAGGAUGAUGCAUGAAGUUGGACAAUCUAUUGUUCUGUACAGGGAAUUUGUACAUUUGCUUAUAGAGUUCUAGUGGUAAACGUGCCCAAGUUCUUUUGCUUGAUGAUUGUCACAACUAUUUUUUAUUUUGGUUUCUAUCCAGUGAUCAUGUCGCUUAAGUGCUCUUGCAAUUCUCAUCAUGUUCACUUUAGUGCAGGUUGGAGGAAGCUACUGGUCUGGCAUUCAGAUUUGUGAUCGGCAAAAGCAAUGACAAGUCUAAGAUGGCAGCUCUUGAAAGAGAGGUUGAAGAAUAUGAUGAUUUUGUGCUUUUAGAUCUUAAUCUUAUGUUUUAGGUUAGCAUUCUUUAAGGCUGCCUAUGCGUUGUUCGAUUCUGAUUUCUAUGUUAAAGCUGAUGAUGACAUUUACUUGAGACCAGGUUAGGGGUACAUAAAACAUACGGUGUACAAGUUGAGGGAACAAGAGCGCAAUUCAUACCAUAUGUUUUUUUGUAUUUGCGAACGCUCACCUGGGCAAUUAUACUGUGUAGCACUCGUCGCUGCCUGCUUAUUGUUUUGAUUGCUCUCUUUUGAUGAACGCAGGUAUGAGCCAUAGUCCUUCCUACUUGGAUCAGAAUACUUCCUUCAUGCAUAUGGGCCUAUUUAUACUACCAAGUGAAAUGCUACAUUUCUACUCCUAACCCAUUCUCUCUUUCUUAGUGUUUUUAUUAUGCAGGUUGGAAGAAAACAAGAAGAUCCGGAGAAGAUCUUAGUAAUAAGAUAGUUUUUUAGGAAAAUAGAUAUUUAGUUUUAGAUCA